AUAAUAGGUAAAUAAAUGAUUAAUAAACAUUUCUCUAGAUACCAGUAUUUCCUGCUCCGGACUCCAGAGAGUCGUGGUGGUGUGGUGCUCCGAUCUUAUGUUUUCCGGCGGUCGGAGUUGUUCGUAGUUAGGGCUUCCGAACUUUCUUCAAAACUUAUCCUUUUACUCUGAGUGAAACUUGCGAAUCAGAGACCGAAACAAAAACAAAUAAAGAAUGGGUGGAACAAAAUCUGAGAGAGAAGAAAAGGUUUCCUUGGAGCUCAGUGAAGAAAUUCUUCAGAGCAUGGAAGUCGGCAUGACCUUCAGAGACUAUAGUGGUAGAAUUAGUUCGAUGGAUUUUCAUAAGACAUCAAGUUAUCUAGUGACGGCUAGUGACGAUGAAUCCAUCCGCCUUUAUGAUGUCGCUAGUGCAACCUGUUUGAAGACAAUCAACAGCAAAAAGUAUGGAGUUGAUCUGGUUUGCUUUACUUCUCACCCUACAACAGUCAUAUACUCUUCAAAAAAUGGUUGGGACGAAUCUCUGAGGCUACUAUCAUUGCAUGACUACAAGUAUUUGCGGUAUUUCAAAGGUCACCAUGACAGGGUUGUGUCACUCAGCUUGUGUUCUCGCAAAGAAUGCUUCAUCUCUGGUUCUCUUGAUCGAACAGUUUUGCUUUGGGAUCAACGAGCUGAAAAGUGUCAGGGGCUUUUACAUGUACAAGGAAGGCCUGCUACAUCAUACGAUGAACAAGGGUUAGUCUUUGCUAUUGCCUUUGGAGGAUACAUAAGAAUGUUUGAUGCUCGCAAGUACGAAAGGGGUCCUUUUGACAUCUUUCCUGUUGGGGGGGAUACAUCUGAUGCAAAUGUUGUAAAGUUCAGUAAUGAUGGGAGACUUUUGCUUUUGACAACUAUGGAUGGACAUAUUCAUGUGCUUGACUCAUUCCGUGGCACACUUUUAUCCACAUAUAAUGUCAAGCCUGUUUCAGUCAAUUCCACUUUAGAGGCAUCUUUCAGUCCAGAGGGAAUGUUUGUGAUAUCAGGCUCAGGGGAUGGUAGUGUUUAUGCUUGGAGUGUACGAAGUGGAAAAGAAGUUGCUAGCUGGAUGAGUACUGACACUGAGCCUCCAGUCAUAAAAUGGGCUCCUGGAAGUCUUACAUUUGUAACUGGCUCGUCUGAACUGUCAUUCUGGAUACCAGACUUGUCUAAGCUGGGAGCUUAUGCUGCAAGGAAGUAGAAUUGCUGUCAUCUAGCCAGAAUUUCAACCGUGAAGCAUUUGUAAGUUUUUUGCUUUGCAGGGGACAGUUACCAAACAGAGAAAGGAAAAUGAGUUCCAUAUACAAAAUCAUAUUGUUAAAUCUGAGGAGCUCCUUUUGAGAGGCGGCUGUAGAUGCUCAUGUUAGGAAAUACUCAACCCUACCGCAACCCUAGCCUGUAGCGGGUUAAUUUUAACGGGAUGCCCCAUUCCCGCUCUGUAUGUAUUUUUGAAAAGGUUGUGUAUUGGAUUGGAGAAAUUGCCAUUCCGAGUCGUUAGUUCAGGUAUCAAAAAGUCAUUUUUAGCC